AUGGCGGCAGAUUUGGAUUUGAGAAAAAUAGACGAGAAAGCAAUCACAAAUUUACAGGCUCAUGUUCGUGGUGCAUUUGUGCGUUCAAAGCUAGAUGAAGUGCGUCAAGAGUUCGAAAAUAUUGUUCACGAAUUGGACGGGCCAAGUUUUCGUGUUUUGUGGAAUUCAAAAACUUUAUCAUUUCCUUUGGUCACAAACAAUAUUGAAAAGGACGAAGAAAUACCCACCUUUGAUAGGCAAACAGGCAAAAACGAGGAAAUCGAGACUGCAGAGACCAGUAGUGAUGAUCAGGACCAAACAAUUACAUUAGAAAAUGUUGAAAACCUAAAUGUUAGCAAAGACAAGCUGACCCACAAUUCAUMUACGGAGUCAGUUAGACAAAAUCUUGAAGGAAGAUUUGACAUGGCACAUACCAAAGAUAUAGAGUGGACUGUUAGCAAAGAAGGCAAAAGAGAUCCUCUAAAUGAUGUUGAUACUUUGUCAGAAGAUUCAARCRAUUUUGCAUCUGCAAAGGAUUUUGAGAUGUCUAAGCACAAUUUGAAUGCGAAAGAUUCUGAAUAUGAGAAUGCAAAGGAUUCUGGGAGUGGAAAAWUUCAUCCAAUAAAGGAUUCUGGGUACCUUGGAGUUUCUGGGAGUAUCAAAAAUGAUGCCAAAACUGCAUUUUUUGAGGAUGCAAAAGAUUUGGAUAAUGUAAAGGAUUUUGAAAGCACCAGGAAUCAAGAGAACCCUAAUGUUUCAGUGAAAACAAAGGAUUCUGGGCAUUCAAUUGCAAAGGAUCAUGGGUAUCUACAUGCAAAGGAUUCUGGGAGUAACACAACCUCUGUGAACUGCCAAUCAGGAAUGACAAGUCCUGUCUUCUCGCAACAUAGUACACCCGUACCAACACAGAACACUAGAAUUAACAACAGACACCUUGAGGGACACCCAGUACUUACAGAGAGUUGGAUGACUGACAAGUCCUUUGGUAAGCUGUUAUGUGCUUUGUAUCAAAAGUGGGACAUUUUCAUCUAAGUACUAAACUUUCAUGCAGUGCUUGCAGUACUGCAAAUAAGAAACUUAAAAAAAAAUGAUGGAUGGCCAAUGUAUAAUUAAUGUU